GUAAGCAAAUACCAAAAAAUUUACCUUCUGGAAUUAUUGUAUUGAUGCAUCCAAAAGAAUGGAUGGAUGAAUCUGAAAUGAAAACCUGGUUUGAUAAGGUUUGGAGAAAAAGGCCAGGAGGAAAUAGAAUCAAUAAACAAAGAUUCCUUCUUGUUAUGGAUAGUUUUGAAGGUCAUAAGACGGAUGCUAUAAAAAAAAUUGCAUUCGAUAAAAAUACUGAUUUGGCAAUCAUUCCUAAUG